GAUAGCUAUCCUGAAAUACCUACACAAGGCCAUAUUAAAAUUACACGCACAAGUUAUUGAUAUUGUAUGUAUACUCUCACAUUUUAUUUGCUUCUAUUUUAGAACACUGCAUGAUUAUCUAAUCAAAAUAUUAAAAAAUAAAUAAAUAUGCAAGUGACCCACUGUGCAAAAGCGCAUCGCUGCGUCUUGAAGUCCCAGGUGUCACACACAACAGACGCGUCACGUUCAAUUCAAGCAGCGGUCUAAAACUGUUUAAUCAAUCACCAAACGGACAUAAGUUUGCUUCAAGAAUGAACUAUGUUCAAAAAAAACGGAGUUUAAAAAAACAGAGUAAACGGAAAGAGAACGCGCGAUCUAUAUUACAGCUCUCUAUAUGAAGCAUACAAGACUGUAUUAGAGCCACAGAAAGACAAACGUUUUGCUGAAAAAUGCACAAUACAUAAUUUAUAACCUAGGGUGAAGUCAUUAUGUAAAUUAACAAUGAUUUGGGACAAAUAUAAUGUUAUUUAAUGGAAAACUAUGCGAAUGGCGCUCUGUUCCGCGGCAGAAUUUUCUGUCGGCUGCAUUUAAAUGCGCGUUUGAAGUUUCCUGCUCUGUGCAACGCGCAGUGUCACAUGCCAAAACAAACAACACAUGCUGUCAGUGAUUUCCGCCUCUAGAGGCCGCUCUCAUACUGUAUAAUGACAGCAGACCCUUCUCAGCCACUCCAGCAACAGACACAACACGGAAAACUAUCGGCAUGGAUUUUUGCUGAUAACCGAUAGUUCCGCAAAUCAACUAUCGGUGCCGAUUAAUCUGCAAAACCGAUGAAUCGGUCGACCUCUACCUGUGACAGUCUUGCGCACUUACUUCCUGUCGCACACACACGCUCUCAAGUGGCCAAGACCACAAGUGUGGGUAUUUGGACAAGGCAAUUGUCAUUACUAUCUUUUCAGGCAUGGCAUCCUCCAGUGAUCCACUAAAUGAGGAGCUCCAGUGCUCCAUCUGUCUGGAUGUGUUCACUGAUCCAGUCACCACUCCAUGUGGACACAGCUUCUGCAAAACCUGUCUGAACGAGCACUGGACAGAUACACAGACCUUCUUCUGUCCAUCCUGUAAUGAAACAUUCAGCAAAAGACCUGAUCUCAAGGUUAAUACAACACUCACAAAUGUUGUGCAAUACUUUAAGAAGCUCAAUCCAGGAAGACCUGAGGUGUUCUGUGACAUCUGUGAUGAAAGAAAGCAGAAAGCUGUGAAGUCCUGCCUGACGUGUCAAAGCUCUUACUGUGAGACUCACCUGGAGCCUCAUCACAGAGUCCAGCGUCUAAAGAAACACAAACUGAUCAACGCUGUGGAAAAUCUGGAGGAUUAUAUAUGCCAGAAACACCAGAGACCUCUGGAUCUGUUCUGCAGAGAUGAUCAGACGAGUGUGUGUCUGUCCUGCACUGAAGGAGACCACAGGACUCACAACACUGUUCCUAUAGAGGAGGAGAGUCAGGAGAAGAAGAAACAGCUGGUUCAGACACAGACUCAGACACAGCAGAUGAUCCAGAACAUAAUGAAGAAAAUUCAAGAGAUCCAGCACUCAGUAGACAUAAGAAAGACUCUUACCUCCAUUGAUUUGUUCCUUACUUCGUCUCAAACAGUCCACAUUGCAAACUGGAUGAUUAUUGGUCUGGGUUUCCUGUUGGUAGCGAUAUUGUUCAUCUUUCCUAAACAAUUUACUAUGUCUACUGACCCACAAAGCUUCUCUGAUGACAGCAGAAUCACCCAGGCUGAAGAUCUCAUUAAAGACCUGCAGCAGGAAUUCACUAAACUGAAAAAGAGAAAAGCUGAAACACAGCUCCACCUCUCACAGAUGUACUCAUCAAAUGAAAAACUCCAUCAAACUGGGUUGAAGUGGGCUCAGAUGUUUGCAGUGGAUGUGAGACUGGAUCCUGAUACAGCCGAUCGAUAUCUCAUCCUGUCUGAUGAUGGAAAACAAGUCAGGGAUGGAGACAUUGAGCAGGCCGUCAAAGAAAACCCAAGGAGAUUUAAUGUCUUGUCUUCGGUUCUGGCAAAGCAGGGAUUCAGUUCAGGUAGAUUUUACUAUGAGGUGCAGGUGAAGGGAAAGACUGAGUGGAGUUUAGGAGUGGCCAGAGAAUCCAUUUACAGGAAGGGGAUCAUCAGACCGACUCCAGUGAAUGGAUUCUGGAUUCUGAUUCUGAGGAAUCCGAAUCAGUAUAUAGCUGGUGAAAAUCCACCAAUCUCUUUCUCUCUGGAAGUGAAACCUGAGAAGGUGGGAGUGUUUGUGGAUUAUGAGGAGGGUCUGGUCUCUUUUUAUGAUGUGGGCUCCAGCUCUUAUAUCUACUCUUUCACUGGUCAGACUUUCACUGAGAAACUCUAUCCAUAUUUUAACCCAGGCCUUAACGAUAUAGGUAAAAACAAAAACCCACUGAUCAUCACACCUGUUAACAAAUAACUUGCCCUAAAAUAUGAGACAUGAAAUCUGGAAAGAUUAGCUAGGCACAGAAUGUGUUUUUCUUUUUUUUAAAUUAUUAAAAUAUGUAAAUAAACAAAAAAGAAUACACACUAAGAUCCAUAUUAUAAGUUGUCACAGCUACAAACUGGACCAUGAAAACCCUAAAUGUGAUUUUCAUUUCCACAAAUGGAAGCUCAUUUCUAUAAAUGCUGACAUUUUUUGACCUGGGGGGUAUUCCAGAAAGCAGGAUAUGUGAUACGCCCGGGUAUGUUAAAGGGUAAGCAAGUGGAUAAACUCAGCUUUCGGUUCCAAAAACGGAGGAAACUUUCAGUGUAUGUACGUAGCCAUAGCAACUUAUUCUCUGAACCUAACCUGCUCCGGAAAAGGUUAUGUUUCAGGGUUAGUUCACUUCAGCGUUAUCAGCACGUACAUGACCUACUGACCAGAGUCCAGUGGGCGUGACAUUACGCACAAAAUAAUAUAUUAUUAUAAUAUAGUUAUGUAAUAUAUAUAUAUAUAUAUAUAUAUGUAUAUAUACAGGGGUUAAAUUGGGAUUUGUUAUGUGGGGGGAUAUAUGGUGUCGGGCUUUUAAGGGGUGUGUGUGUAUACAUGUGUUAGGAUGCCAUCUGUUCUGAACACUAAAAUGUUGAUCAAAAUCAUUCUAAAUGCUGGCAGUGUGCAAAGCUACAUCUGAUGACAAUAAAACCUUUC